AUGACUGAUGAAUUUAAUCGAUACUAUAUCGAAAUUCGAGUUAUUUUGGGAAUAAAUCCAAAAACAAUCUUCGACGAACUUACAGAAGCUUUGGGACCUGAUGCUCCAUCAUACUCAAUGGUUAAAAAUUGGGCAAAACGUUUUCGUGAAGGAAGAGAAGAUGUCAGUGAUGAUCCUCGAUCUGGUCGUCCGAUUUCAAUUCUUACAGUUGAAAAUAUUGAAUGUGUUCGACAAGUUAUCGAAGAUGAUCCCCACUCAACUUAUGAAGAUAUUAUUGUUAAGACUGAUCUAUCGCGUGGUACAAUAGAACGAAUUAUCCAUGAUCAUCUAAAGAUGAGAAAAGUUGUAUCACGUUGA